GGGUCAUCCAUGGAACAGCAGCAUUUUUCAAUGAAUUCCCCUAUCAAGUUAAAAUAACCAUGCUUGGACUGGUUUUGAGUGCUAUUCUCAUUCUUGGUUCGUGUUCCGGGAGCAUUAUAGGAACAAAUUGGGUCAUCACAGCUGCACACUGCCUCGCAAGACAACCUGUAAGUUGGCCUGCACUCUUACAAAGCAUCAACCUAACACUCAUUCUCUUGCAGGAACCUUUGCCUUACUUGGUAAUCGCCGCUUCCCUUGACCAGGCCGAUGGUCUUCAGUCGCAGCUGGUUUUACUCGUAGACUUUGUCUUCCAUCCAAACUACAAUUCGCCAGGUCUCGGUGAGGACAUAGCCCUCAUAAGAACCGGCGCAUGGAACUUUAUCAAUCCCUUCAUCAGGCCCAUCGAGCUGCCGCCCUAUAAUCCUAACAUCAACCAAUACAACGGACAAAUUGUUAUCGCUUCUGGCUGGGGUCCUACCACAGACACCGAAAUUGGGGCGCCAAGUUCUAUACUUUACAAGAUAGAGGAGCAAGUGAUUGACAGAGCCGUCUGCGCAAAUGAUCUGGGCGCCUCCAUUCCCUCGUCAGCCAUGUGCGCCGUGGACAUGACUGAUCCCAUUGGUUCUGUCUGCUCUUACGACAACGGCGGCCCGUUGCACAUCAAGGACGCCCCUCGCCUACAGCUCAUUGGCGUUCAAUCCUUCACAGGAUCCAAUUUUGGUGGAAGCUGUGACGGUUCUCCUCAAGGCUGGACUAUCGUGGCUCGUGUCAUGCCCUGGAUCACAACGGUGACGGGAAUCACAAGUGGCUAAGCAUUCCGCAGGUCGUUAAACCACACACACCAAUGGCGACAGCCAUUUGAGUUCAUUGAAAUAAAUCAAAAUGCAAAUAGCACAAACAUUUUGACUAUCUAGAACCAGAAUUUAUCCUUCACCUCCCAAAAUUAUGGCUUCCUUUUCCAUAUCAUAAGACAAAGUAU